AUGCACAAACUCGCACCGGUCCUAUCACUCCUAUUGGUUUUGGCUCAUGCGGAUGGGGCAGCCUUCCUCUCUAAGUGGCUGCUCAGCCCUAUGGGUCGUAGGCAAAAUCCCGGCUCCCUCUGGCAGUGUCCUGCCCUCCCACCAGACAUGAAUUACUGCUCGUACUCUCCCUCCUCCCCUGAGUCCAUUCAGGAGGCUAACGUGUGGAUAGCCCUCCUAAGCUCACGCUGUCAUCCUCAAGCUAUGAAGUUUGUCUGCACCGUCUACAAUCCUGUUUGUCUCCACUCCCACCAAGUUAUGCCAAUCCUGCCCUGCCGUGAGUUCUGUACUGAGGUACGUUCGGCCUGUGUGUCGAGGAUGUAUCUCUUUGGAUUUAAAUGGCCUCAACAAGUGGACUGCGAUCGCUUCCCCAGCGAGGAGAUCAGCAUGUGCAUAAGCUCCAGAAGAGAAACUGUGACCUGCAGUCCGUGUGCCCAGGAGGCUAGUAGGGAGAAUAUUGUCAGAAAGUACUGUCAGGCAGACGUUGUGAUAAAGAGUCAAAUCUCGGGCGUGACAGCCUUUGGAAACACAUCGAGCCUCUUGGUCAGCCUAGAUCGGAUCUCAGAACAACUACUACCCCAGCCACCCAUACAUUCACCAGGCAGUUCGAAGCCAAACGGGUUUUUAGCCUCCUCCACCGGCUUCGUGGACACCAACGACGAGCGCUUACUGCUGCUUAGCCAAGUGAGACGAUUGAAGCAUGAAUUUGACCUGGAAAAGGGGGUAACUGAUAUGCUGGCAUAUGAUCAACCUGCUGAUUUCCCUUCCACCACCCCUGCAUCAAAAUCACAAAUGUCACCUGUCGCGGAGUCGAAGGACACCAACGGCAUUGCACAGUACUCCAAGUCUGAACGCAGAAAGCGUAGACGAGAAGAGAGACUUCGAGGAAGGCUGAGCAAGAGACGUCGCCGUGACAAGCGUUCUUCGCUAAUUCCCCUUCCACCCGCAAUGGAAACGUCGCUGGGCCAGAGCAUGCUGCUGGAAUGUGCAGGAUGCUCACUACAGCUGCCCACUUCACCAAUGGCACCGAAUUCUGCUACACGUUGGCUAGUUAUGGCCAAGAGGUUAGACAAAUCUCGUCUUAACCUCACCAACGCGUCACCAACCAUGCAGAUAACCUCAUUGAUGGCUUGGCAGAAGGACUCUCCGGGUUUCCGUGAUGCUCUUCGUGACAUUCGCACUAUACCUCGAGCAAUUCUCUGUAAUCCAAAUACAAAGGUGGAAUUGAAUUUGGAUGGCUUUCAUCAUACCGAAACAACCACAACACUUCCAAUGCCCCCACGCCAAUCUGUGCGAACAAGUUGGAGUAGGCAAGGAUGGGUAACCCAAUCAAGGCAACCUACACCACCGUGGAACCUACCAGUCCCCUUCGAAGGCCUCUUUCAGAAUGAUGCUGCAGAAGGAAACCGCAAAAUGAAAAAGCAUCGGCGAAAAAUGCGAAAUCAACGCAAACAAUCCGGCCAGCGGCAAAAUGCUGAUCCGAUGAAGGCGAAACCGAAGAAUGGGCAAGAGAAGGAGCGCCGCUGGCGCCGUCGACAAGCCAGAAAGGAGCGGCUGGCUCGCAUGUCUCCUCAGCAGCGCGCGGCAUGGCUGUCUCAGCGACGCGCUCGUAGAGCACAAAGACGGGCAAAAAAUCGUCAAGUGUCUCAGCAUCAAGCAUACAAUCAGACAACAGGAUCACACGUACCGACACCUUAA